GCUGUUGACCCAAUAAGGAUGCGGACAGGCCAAAUUCCAAUCCCAUCCAAAUUUCAUUGGGCUGCCCAAUUACAUAAAUUCCGAAGCUUUAAUAGAAGGUGCGAAGUGGAACUCACCAGAAGCUCCUCGAUGAUGCUCGGUUCAGUUAUGAACGAAUCAUCGAAUACAAAAGAAGCCAUCUUCAUUGCCCACGCAGAGGUAAAAGAAGGUAGAAGAAGGUGGUGGAAGGAUGAAGAACAACACUGCCAGCAAUUACCCAUUAUAGAAACCCAAAGAACAUCCUCGAAACUCCUCAUCACCAAUCCAUUUCUCCCUAUAUAAACUCUCCAUCCCCCAUAAACUCCACAACAACAGAGAACUCUCAAAUUAAUUACCCAUCGAAAACUUACAGCGCAUCCCACAAUCUCUCAGACAUUUCAUCGAACACAAAGCGCGCAUCAUCUCAUACUCUGCUCAUCAAUCAAACCUAACUCAAAAUGUCUCUAAUUCCUAGUCUGUUUGGCAACAGGGGCGUCUUCGACCCCUUCUUGUCGGAUCUCUGGGCACCGGCCAGCGUCGGCGAAGUGUCCUCAUUCGCUAACACGCAGAUCGAUUGGAAGGAGACCCCAGAGGCCCAUAUUUUCAAGGCCGAUCUGCCGGGGUUGAAGAAGGAGGAGGUGAAAGUGGAGGUGGAGGACGGCGGUGUGCUUCAGAUCAGCGGCGAGAGGGGGGUGGAGAAGGAGGAGAAGAACGAGAAGUGGCACCGUGUUGAGAGGGGGAAAGGGAAGUUCCUGAGGAGAUUCAGGUUGCCGCAUAAUGCUAAAGUGGAUGAGGUGAAGGCGGGGAUGGAGAAUGGGGUUCUGACGGUCACUGUCACGAAGGUGCCGGAGAAGAAGCCGGCGAUCAAAUCGGUUGAAAUAUCGGGCUGAAGAGAUGAAAGUGGACUUGAUCAUUGGUGGUGUUGCCACUUGUUUGUUUGGUUGAUGUGUAAUGAAUGGAGUUAGUUGAAUAAAUCUGUGGAAAAAUGUGUUCAAAUUUCGCAAAUGAAUAUGUGAAUCUGAAGUUUCAGUGUUGAUUUAUUACACUACUAUAA